AUGGAUAAUCAUUUUCCACCGACCAAAAUUGUGUGUACACCAAAACUCCAAAAGGAAGAUGGUGCAGGUUUCGUUAAGUCUCUGGUUAAAUAUAUUGAAAAACAUUUCAACGUGCAAAAUCCGUUUUUCAAGAAACCCCUGGGUUUUGAAGCAUGGUGGGUCGAUAUGAGUGGUGAUGUAUCACUACUGACAAAAUGCUCAGAAAUGUUUUUUUAUUUAUGUAUACAGUCUCAUUAUCCAGCUCACAUUAACGAUGUUCAACUUGAACCACAAUUGCCCAAGAAAUUAUCGUCUCCAUUUUCUGUAUUGAUUAAAUUUGUGAACAAUGAUGUCUCGAUUCAAGAUAUUAAAAAUCAAAUGGAUGAGAAAUACGAAUCGAUAUAUUCCUGCCAUGAUUUAAUGGGAACUAAUACAAGUCGAGCUAGACAUAUACGGAUUGACUUUACAGAUAGAAAUGAUUAUGAUUCCAUUCUCAACGGUGGACAAGUUUCUCUCUUCAGUCAACUCUAUGAUGUUAAGGAAUUUCUUGAAGCACCAAAAUUACUAAUAUGGUACUAA